AUGGCAAUUAUUAAAAAGUAUGGUAAACCAGAUCUUUCUAUUACUUUUACUUGCAACCCAAAAUGGCGUGAAAUAGCAGAAAAUUUAUAUCCGGGUCAGACUGCGAAUGAUAAACCUGAUUUGGUUACUCGAGUGUUUAAACUCAGGUUAAAUAACCUCCUCAAUGAUAUAUUCAAACAUGGUGUAUUAGGAAAAGUUGUAACGUAUGUUCAAGUUGUCGAGUUUCAAAAGCGUGGUUUGCCCCAUGCCCACAUUUUACUUCAUUUUGCUAAUAAUGAUAAACUUGAAACCGCACAGGAUAUUAAUAAUUUAGUAUGUGCAGAAAUUCCAGAUCCGAUUGGUAAUCCUGAACUUUAUGAUAUUAUUAAAACUUGCAUGAUUCACGGCCCAUGUGGAAUACUGAAUCCUAAUUCUUCCUGCAUGAAAGAUGUCGUGUGCUGCAAAAGUUAUCCUAAGGAAUUUAAUGCUAACACAGUAGCCGUUCACAAUGGCUAUCCACGCUAG